AAAAAAUGUUUAAUAAUAAAUAAUAAUUUGAAAAUUUCAUAUUUUGUUAAUGAUUAUUAAUAGCUCUUAUUAUAAAACCGUUGACUUCUCGGCUAAGCUAGCUUCCUUAAGCCGUCAGUAAUAGUAUUAAUGAAAUCCUGACGACACACAUUCGCACGAAAGUAUCAAUAAAUAUUCAUUAAAUUGUCGUGAUUUUAAACAUGUGGUUAUUAAUAAGUGACGAGCGAAGGUGACAAGCGCUGUGGUGUGUUGAUAAAUAAAAGAACGAGAAAAAUCGAUUGUGUCAGUUGGAUAACUUAAGCGAAUAGGCAAACUUGUUUGUUUUUGUUCAUAGUGUAGGACGUAGGUGUUUCAGAAACAACAUGACACAAUGACUUAGUCACAGGAGUCUACUUUAAAAAUGUAAAAAACUUGGAUUACAGUUAAACAGUGAAAUGCUACAUAACUACCAUAUGAAUUGCUUGUUAUGCCCUGACAAAUAAACAAAGAUGACUGAUGUAGAAGAUAAUGGCUGGAGCCAGGUACAUCAAUGUGCUUCUGAUGGCUAUUUGAUGUCUCUAGAAAGAUUGGUAGAAAAUGAUGGAAGUGUUCUGGAAUUAGAGACCAAUGACAACCUUAAGCAGACACCUAUUCUGCUGGCUGUUAGAGAGGGAAGGGAGGAUAUUGUCCAGUAUUUGAUUAGAGCAGGGGCUAAGGUUGAAGCUGUGAACACUUUAAACCAUGGUAUCGUUGACAUUGGAGUGAUGAAAGGACAUUAUUCACUACUCCAGAACCUCUCUCUCCUUGCUCUGCCUAAGCUACCAGUAUGGAAGAAUUUGUUUAAACUUUUGUCAUCAACUUCUGAAGAAGAGGUAGAGGCAGCUGGAAAAUGUUUAGAUUUUAUGACUGGAAGUAAUGCAGAGAGUAAUUUGAGCAGUAGCAGCUGGAAAAGUUUUCUGGAUAAUAGUGGUAUAACAGCAGUUGUUAAGUUGGCCAAAUCUACAAUACCAGACAAUUUUAAAAUUCAUGCAUUCCAUGCCCUUUUCAACAUUUUGGAUCAACAGGAAGUGCAGGAGCAGUUUAUGUCGUCAGAUGGAGCCUCAGCUCUUAUUCAUUUACUCAAGUCAUCUCACACUCCAGUGAUCAAACUGUGUUCUGAAAUCAUCAUGAAACUUUCAACACAUCCACAGUAUUCAAAAAUUUUAGAGCAAGCUGUUCCAAGUUUACUUAAAGUUUUGCAAAGUGUUCAAGAAGAAGAAGUAUGUGUUCCAGUUCUGCAGUCCAUCAGCAACAUUGCACACUCAUCUGAAAAAUUACGCAGCUCUGUAGGCAAAGUACCAGAACUAAUUUCCACCAUCUCACUUCGGCUACAGAUAGCCAGUCUACCUGCUCUUGUGCUUGCUCUGACAAACUCUGUUGCAAAUAUUUCAGAUGGGAAUUCUGACAACCAAUGUGCUUUUAUAAAAAAUAACAUAAAAAAGGGAAUUUUAAAAAUUCUUUCUACACAGAUGAGGAACAAAGAAAUUCAGGCAAGUGUUGCUGGUGCUGUGUACAAGCUUGCAGAUUCAAAUGAGCAGACACAAAAAGAGUUGUCUGAUGAAAUUUUGUUAAAAAGUCUCAUGGACAUGUUGAAGAAGACAAGAGUUGAGGCUCUGCAAGAAAAGACUGCUAUGGCUGUUUGGGCCCUGGCCGGAAACAGUACAACACAGAAAAGGAAAAGGGCUCGUGAUAUAGGUGUUGCCAUGCUUAUUCGGUUUCUACUUUCCAACUCUGAAAACGUAAACUUUAUUGGCUCUGAGGGCUUGGGUGUUUUAGCCCAAGGUCCAUUAAAUCAACAGUCUGUUAUUGGGAAGGCUAAUGGCAUUCUUUCUUUAAUUGAUCUUCUCAAGUCCCAGCAUGACCAUAUAGUCCUCAGUGUGAUAAGGACACUAAGGUUUCUGUGUUUAGGGGUUGCACAUAUUCCUCAUAGAGAAAACCAGAAUUAUGUUUCUCAAUGUCAAGGCAUUAAAUACUUAGUGGCACUUCUGGUCCAUGCCUCUAAUGAAUUAGUGCAAGUUGAAUCUGCAUACACCUUGGGAUGUGUUUCUUUAGGCAAUAAAAAAAUCCUUGAGGAAAUAUUAAAGAAUGGAGACUUUAGCUACGUGAGAAUUCUCAAAAUGCUCUACUCCAGUCAGGCCAUUGUUCAACUCUUGGCAGGGUCAGCUCUCGCAACAUUUGCCUACAACAAUUUGACGCAGCAGAAAGAAAUAGAUCAACAGGGUGGCAUUCGCUUUAACUGCUUUGUUCCUUUCUUGAAAUCUGAUGAUGAAUACUAUAGGUGUAAUGCUGCUUUUCAGGUGGUUGUACUGGCUCGCAUUAUUCCUGAUGAAGAGCAAGCAAGGGCCUCUGCUGUGGGUAUAAAGUUAUUAAUAGAUCUUCUAGAAGAUUCCCAGUCUGUGCACAUACAAGCUCUCGCUGCAGACUACGUGGCUAGUUUGAGUCAUACCAGGGCAGGUGUGCCUUCUGCUAUGGUGGCCAUUGAUGCUGUAGAAAUUCUGUGUGAACUUCUCUGUUCCAGUAGUGAAGAGGUUAGGGGGACAGCUGCCAUUGCUCUUUCAUAUCUGUCACAUGAUCACAAAGGAAACAGGAAAAUUCUGCAUAUAUGUAGAAAAGAUCCAUAUUUGAUGAAAGAGAUAAAACGGUAUGCCAAAAGUGUGGCUAAAUCAUUGAACGAAGGCUGGCAGCACUGUAAAAAAAUAGGACUUCCUCCCAUCCAAAAUGGAAGAAUCAACAUGGUAUCCCGGCCUACUUCCAUUCUUACAGGACUAGACGAGAAUGUCCACAGCUUCCACAAUUCUUCUUCCAGCUUAGAGGAAGACAGAACCUCAAUCCCAUCACCGCAAGUAAUGAGCCGUAGAAAUUCUUUACACAACAAACCUCAGUCUAGCCGCUUGAGCCACAGAUCCAAUCAUUCAAGAAUGUCUCUGAUUGAGAUUCUGGAGGAGAGCUAGCAUGACCUAUUUAAAUGUUUUAGAUGAUAAAAGAAGCAGGUUUGAUGUUGAAGUGUUAAUCUAUGAAUAUCUAUUUACAUUAUCUCGUUGUUUAUAAAUGACUGCUGAGUGUUAUUGGGCACAUUUUUUCCAAACAAAUUAUUUAGGGAUAUGAUGUCAUGUAAGAUAUGAUCUAAAAAUAGGUACCUAAAAAAUUGUGUUUUGUUUUUUCCUUGUUAACUGUAACCAAUUUCUUCAAUUAUUAAAACAAAAGUGUUAUUUUAUUAGCUCAAUCAUUUUUGAGAUUAAAAAAAGAUAUUUUUCACUCUCUGACUCAUUUAGUAGUAGAUGUUUUUUUUUUGUUAUUUUAAGGAAUUAUUUCAAAACCUAAAAGUUUAGAUAUAUCGAAGCAUUUUUCUUAAAGCAUGCAUGGGUACUUGACAUAAAUGAAUUAAGUAAGUAUUUGUAGAGCAAACUCUCUAUUCUUUAAAAAAAUAUUUUUUGGCUUGAUAUAUAUUUUGUGAAAUAAUGAAGUUGUAUAAAAAAACAUAACUUUAUUUUUCAAUUAUAAAUAUGGACUGAAAUUAUUUUGUCUAAUGAUUAUUUAUCCCAAAUUACUAAGUUCAUGUAUUUAUGAAAAUAUUGUUAAAAUGUGUUUAAAUGCUCUGUACCAAAACAGUAUUAAAUCUCAUGAUCAAUGUUUGUGGAUUUUUUCAUUAGUUAAAUAACUGGGUUAAUAUAUAUUGGCCUUUCAAUACACACGAGUUCGCACCUCCUGGUUGGCAGUUUAUAAAUUACUUUUAAACAAUGUUGAAAUAAUUGAAGACUUUAAUUAAACCAUUUAUAGCAGUCUUGUUUUACAAGAUUUUCUGAUUGUAUUCUAAAUAAGGUUGUGUUGGAAAUAAAAUGUAAAUAAAUUUUGUUACAUAUUUUAUAUAUACAGAAUUUUGAAAUAAAAAAAUAAGCACACUGUGUGUAGUUACUUAACCUGAAUUGUUGUAUUUACUAAACAGAUUCUAAAUGUAAGUUUGUGUUGAAAAUAAAAUGUAAAUUUUAAGAUUGUUACAAAUACUUAAUUUUUAAAAAUAAAAAUUAUUCAUGUGUGUCGUUGUUUAAUCUGAAUAGUUGUAUUAAUUAACACUUAAUUGGGUACAAAACAAAUAGUUUAAUGUCCAAAAUCCUAUUUAUAUCAUAAGACCUUCAACAAAUGUCACUUAUUUUGAUAUUAGAUAUUGCAUGUUUAAUAGAUAUCUAGGCAGAAUGCUAUUGUAAUAGCAAAUAACCACACUUCACAUUGAGUUUACUUUUACUUGGUUGUAAAAAUAUCAGGACUUUGUGAAAAGCUUUCCAUUUACCGAGGGCGCACAGAGAUGAAAAACUAAGAGAAAUGCUGUGUUACGUUGACUUUUUUAAUAACAUCAUGGUCAU